UUUUUCUUGCUUUUGCCCCCCCAUGAAAUCAUCACUACCACCACCCCCACUCACUACUACUGCACUGUCUCUCAUACAGUGAGGUUGAAAGAGAACGUUGCGAGUUAACCCACCCUGUCCCCCACUGCUUCUUCGCUUUUGUUUUUCCCUUUACCAUUUCUUCACUGUUGCCAACACGCUGCACUGUUCUUCUUCCAAACCAAUGUGCCUGAGAUCUGCGUGAGAUUUCCGGGGAACCAUGGGGAGCGUUUCGUCUGAAGACGGUUCCGACCAGCAGAGCGACCGCUGCGGCAGCUACAGCCUCAGCGCUGACGUCAGCGAGUCCGAGAGCUGCGGAAGCUUCUCUGCUCGCCGCUUCGACGCCGAGGGAGCUUCCAGCUCGGCCAACCUCUCGCCGCGUCCCGUCGCGUCUCACUUCAACUUCCCGCCUCCGCAGGUAAUGCUUCCCGUUAUUGGCGGGAAGGACGUCGUUGUUUGGGAUCACAAGCGCGACCUCGAUCUGUCGGAAGUGGAAAUGAUGAAGGAGCGGUUCGCUAAGCUGCUUCUCGGAGAAGACAUGUCUGGUGGUGGAAAGGGGGUGUGCACUGCGCUUGCUAUCUCCAAUGCUAUAACUAAUCUCUCUGCAACUGUGUUUGGCGAACUGUGGAGGUUGGAACCGCUGGCACCGCAGAAGAAGGCAAUGUGGCGUAGGGAAAUGGAGUGGCUGCUGUGUGUUAGUGAUUCCAUCGUGGAGCUGGUGCCAUCUGUGCAGCAGUUUCCUGGGGGUGGAACCUACGAGGUGAUGGCGACGCGUCCUCGCUCGGAUUUGUACAUCAAUCUUCCGGCUCUGAAGAAGCUUGAUGGGAUGCUGCUCGGUAUGCUUGAUGGGUUUCAUGACACGCAAUUUUGGUAUGUUGACCGGGGAAUCAUAUUGGGUGAUUCCAAGGAUUGUGAUGCUUACGGUAGACCAUCGGUUAGGCAGGAGGAGAAAUGGUGGCUUCCCUCUCCCAAGUUACCCCCAAAUGGCUUGUCCGAGGAAAAUAGGAAAAGGUUACAGCAAUGCAGGGAUUGCACUAAUCAGAUACUAAAAGCUGCCGUCGCAAUUAAUACUUCUGUGAUUGCUGAAAUGGAAAUUCCCGGCGCAUAUGUAGAGUCCUUGCCCAAGAAUGGCAAGGCUUGUCUGGGGGAUAUAAUUUAUCGAUACAUAACGGCAGACCAGUUCUCGCCUGAAUGUCUCCUUGAUUGUUUGGAUCUUUCGUCAGAGCAUCAUACUCUGGAUAUAGCUAAUAGAAUUGAGGCUGCCAUACAUGUAUGGAGGCUGAAGGACCAUAAGAAACAUCUAAAUUCAGCAAAAGCCAGACGGUCUUGGGGUGGAAAGGUGAAGGGACUUGUUGCUGACAGUGAAAAGAACAAGAAUCAUUUUCUUGCACAACGGGCAGAAACACUUCUAGAAAGCUUGAAACACCGAUUUCCAGGGCUCCCUCAGACUGCACUCGACAUGGCCAAAAUUCAAUAUAAUAAGGAUGUCGGACAGUCUAUUCUUGAAAGUUAUUCACGAGUGAUGGAGAGCUUGGCCUUUAACAUUAUGGCCAGGAUUGAUGAUGUCCUUUAUGUAGAUGAUAGUAUAAAGCGAUGUGCGGCUGCAGAUUCUCUCUCAUUGUUCAGCAGGGGAGGUUUUGGUGGCAUGCCCAUCCAGAAGAGAUUCUCUCCUAGUCCCUUCUCAAUUCAGCACACUCCAUAUGCCUCCCCAUUUGCAACACCAACGUUUUGUUCCUCCUCUCCUGUUACUGGGAGCCCGUGUAGUCCUGCAAGGAUACAUGAUAUGAAGAGAAAUGCUCCUAAGGAGGGUGCAGAUUCGAAGGCAGACAAGUUGGCCAAAUCUGAGUUUGAGAGAGUUUGGUCAUAUGCCGGAAACCUCAGUGCAAGAAGAGCUUCCGGUGAUGCUCCAGAAAGAGACUAAGUUCUUCAAUUAGUAUGACUUGCAUCCAUAGGUGGUCAUCAAUCAUCUUGUCUUAAUGUGGAUCUGUACAUGAGGGUCUAAUUUUUGUAUAUUCUUAGGCAGUAUGAGAAGGCUUAUGUUAAAAAAUCAUGCCAAUGGAUUAUUAGUUCAAAA